AUGUCAGGCGCAACACCAACACUGAUUCCUCGCGUUCCCCAUUUCCCUUCCCUGAUACCAAGGCCACCGCAGCCACACCCGCGACCACUGGCUAAACGACGGGGGCCAUAUACAACGCUCAACCAAGUGCGAGAUCUUCAGAGGGAAAUGGAAGAUCUGGAUGAAGAGGAGAAUGAAUUAGAAGAACUCGCUGUGAGCGUACAUAACAGAGGGUGGAACUGGUACAUCCCCAUAGGCCGAACGCUCACUCUGCAAGAGGAGAAGAACGAUCAAGCCGAGGAUGAAGAAGACGGCGAAGAAUCCGACACUCAAUCUGCCGGGGCAUCAAACGACGAGGACGAUGGUGAAGGAGACGCGGACGCAGAUGGGGAAGGGGAGGCAGAGGGGGACCUAUCCGUUGACGUGGAUGGGGACAUGGAGCCAGAGGAAUCGGGAGUGGAUUUGGAUGCAAGUCUUGAAGACAUGGACCACGACAUGAAUGAGGAAACCUACGAGGAAGUUGGGGACGAAACCGAGGAUAUCGAGGGUGAUAAUUCGGAUUUUUUGAUGAGUGGCUCGCCCGAGUUAUGA